AUGGCCGAAGACGACAAGAUCAUUCCAUCGCAGGAUGAGCUCCUCGAAGCUAUUCAAAAGAUCAAAAUCAGCAACCCUGAAUAUGGCAUUAAGAAAGUGACCCAGCAAUUGAGCCAGGAUCAGACCAAGUGGACCGUUUCCGAGAAGCGCGUCAAAAAGUUGCUUCAGGCGAAUGGCUUGACGAAUACACAACAACCUGUGAAGAGUGGUGUGGCAGAUGAUCCUUCUAUCCCCGUUUCCUUUAUUGAUCCCAAAUUGGAUUUACAGUCCGUAUCAACAAAUGUGGUGGCUAAAAUGAUUGAUCCAGUAACCGGCAAAGGUCUAUUUGCAGCACGCGAUAUUGCAGCCAACGAGACUAUUUUCGAAGAGACACCAUUUAUGUAUUUCCCACCUAUGGAAGGCUUCAAUUUGAUUCGUGAUGGCAAUGCUUGCGGUCUGUGCGCUAAGCCCUUCCUUCGUCAAAGCCGUCUUGCUGCUCGAUGCUCGCACUGUGAUACUGUAUACUGUACAAAGCAAUGCAAAUCCCUCGCCUGGGAAUCAUUCCAUCAACUCGAAUGUACACGCCUCAACCCUGCCAUGUCUACCUUUAUGAACUUUUGCGAGGGAGAGAGUUGGACAGCGCCUAUGGCCGUUUCUCGCAUGUAUGCACACAUGAUCCUCGCUCACCAAAAGGGCAACCUUGAAUCCGUCAAGGGUCAUUAUGAUGCUUUUGCUACUGUCAACCAAGCUGAACGUCAAGCCAAGGAAACGGAAUGGAUCUUUAUGGAACACGUGACACGUGAAUUGUGGACCAAAGCCAGAACAUUGUUGAGCAAGGCAUACAACCCUCCACCUAAAAAAUGCAAGAUUAAUGUGCCAUUGCCUGAAGCAUUCGCCAAGGAGUUGUUUGAAGACGAAGAUACUUUCCUCAACUAUCUCGGCAAAUUCAACAUCAACAACCAGAAUGGUGGCAUGUACCUUGUUCAAUCUCAUAUGAACCACAGCUGCUGGCCCAACGUUGCUAUCGAAUAUCCCGGCCGUAUGUCACAGUACAAGCUUGCUGUCCGUGCUCUUCGUGAUAUCAAGGCUGGUGAUCAACUCUGUGAGACAUACGUAAACCCCCGUUGGGAUAAGGAAACUCGCACCAAUUAUCUCGACAAGAGCUACAUGUUCAAGUGCCAAUGCGAACGUUGCGAAAAGGACUUGCCCUUGACGGAUCAAUUGAGAAAGGAAAUGCGUCUACGUGCUGAAAACGACUAG